AUGGCAAACAUCAUAAAACUUGAAUUUGCUGCAAUUGACAUCUCUGGCAGAAAUUAUUUAUCAUGGGUACUUGAUACUGAUAUCCAUCUUGUCUCAAAAGGUUUGGGAAAUAAAAGAAGAAAUAAAGAAUCCCUGCAAGAUCGUGCAAAAGAACUCAUCUUCCUUCGUCAUCAUCUUCACAAUGGACUGAAAAUUGAAUAUCUUAUUGAGAAAGAUUCACAUCAGCAAUACUACGAGCGUGGUUUCAAGAAGUACUCAAAACUUAUAUCUUGCAUGCUUGUUACUGAACAGAAUAAUGAACUACUGAUGAAAAAUCAUGGGUUACGUCCAACUGGUUCUGUACUAUUGCCCGAAGUAAAUGGUAUUGCAUUGCCUGAAGCAAAUGCAAUAUCAAGACAAGGACGUGGACGUGGACAUGGAUUUGGACAUGGACGCAAACGUGGACGGAGUAAACCAUGGACGAAAUAA